AUGAAGUCCUUCUUAUUAGUAACUUUUCUCGCGAGUGCUUGCGCCGCCCAAUAUGGCCAAUCUCUCGACGACCUCCCCAAGAUAGUUGACAACUCGACCGCCACGUCUUCGCCGGAAAAAUAUAUCCUCCCUCCACUUCCUUAUGAAUACAAUGCUUUAGAGCCCCAUAUCUCGGCCCAAAUCAUGAAAUUGCAUCAUCAAGCUCACCACCAAGCUUACGUUGACAAUCUCAAUAAGGCGCUUGCUGAACUGAAGGAGGUACAAGCAAAGGAAGAUAUGGCGGCCAAAGACAGAAUUGAGGCCUUGGAAGAAACCAUUCAUUUCAACCGUGGAGGGCAUAUUAACCAUUCUUUAUUCUGGAAAAGCCUAGCUCCGGCUGGAUCGCCAGAAACACGCCUUCAAGGGGGCUUGGAGAAAGCCAUUGUGGCGAAAUGGGGAAGUGUAGAUGGAUUAAGCGCUGCAUUGUUCAGGAUAAUUCUUGGGAGAGUAAGAGGAAGCGGCUGGGGUUGGAUUGUUUGCAAUGUCGAUACGCGGGAACUUUCAUUUGCGACAACGAGAGAUCAAGAUCCAAUUUCUCUCCCCCAGCUGGUGAUCCUCGGAAUCGACAUGUGGGAACACGCAUACUAUUUGCAGUACUAUAAUAAAAAGCAGAGCUAUCUGAAGGCGAUAUGGGCUGUUUUGAACUGGAAGGAAGCUGAUGAAAGGUAUGCUUCUUGUUUGAAGCACGCCACUACUUCUUCCUAA